CAUGCACCUUUAUUUUACAGACUCGAGACGGAGUUGAGUGUUUGUGGACAUCGAAGCUAGCUUGGCAUUGGCUUGUGGAAAUAUUUACUGCAUUGGAUAAAAACGCUUUGCAAAUCCCCUUUAUCCUGUGAAGAGAGUAUCUACCCAUGCACCACAUAUGUGUCGUGGGCAGCAUCGCUCACAUCGAGGCGUAAAAGUUUGAAGAAAGAGCAAUGGCUUGUCUUAUUCACUAUUUGGCUGAUAUUUCCCAACCACCACUUGUGCUGGAGAACCCCUGCAGGCAAAGUCCAACAAGUGCUCAGCUUUCUUGCUGGCCGGACCACCUUCUACUGUUUGUUGCGGGUGGAUCUGUCCCUGAGGAGGGCAUUUCUCUGUCUUUAGUCUGCGGGAGCACGUCACACCAUGUUGGCACGCUGUCUGCAGAUAACUUAGUUCUCCACUCAAGCUGUGGACCAUCGCCUGAUGAUGUCACUGAUUUGCGGCUGACAGCAUCUGUUGUUUCACCUGAUGGUGUGUGUGCUACUGGCGCUGACGGUUAUGAUUUGCAUAGCGCUACGGGGAACGUUGACAAUAGGAACAGCCCCUCUUCCCCCUGCACUGUAUCCCAUAGUGCUGCGGCGGACCUGAAUCACCUGUUUGUACCCCGCAAAGAUGCCAACAGCGCUAGUGUUGCCAGUAGUGGUUCCGCUUCUCCAUCUACUGCUGCCUUGAGUAGUCGCCAUGCAUCGCCUGCUGCCUCACCACAACGUCAGGCUUUGGAUAGUUUGAGGUGCAGUGCUGAAACGUCACCAAGUGCUGCCAUUGUAAGAAGGGCGAGUGGAAGCAGUGACACUCCUUCCAACUGCAGCCCAGCCAGGCCUAGUGAUGGUGAGGGAUCGAACCAUCAUGCUUCAGAGCUACCCGGUCAGGAUAAGAGCUCUCUGUCACCUAGCAACCAUAGCGACAAGAGUGCCGAUGGUGACAAGAGUGCCGAUGGUGACAAGAGUGCCGAUGGUGACAAGAGUGGCGAUGGUGACAAGAGUAGGGACUGUGUUGCUACUUCUACUUCCAAUUCACCUAGGAUAUCAGCAUGCGACGAUGCACAGAGUGCAAGUCCGCUCGGCACAUUACAGCCGAGUAAUGAUGGCACGGGUGCUUGCACUGCAAGUCCCCUCGGUGCAUUACAGCAGAGUACUGAUGACACAGGCACUGGCAUUGCGGAUACUUGCAUGGCUGACAUGGCGUCCCGAUCCACGGGAAGUCAAGAUGCUGGCUACGGCACUGAGCGCUCACCAUCUAUAGUGCUGACGCCGUCCGUCCGUGCUAUGCCACCUUCCCCACCUGUGUCUAGCACGCUUAGUGCACAGAUAGCAUUGCCUGCACCUGCAGUGGAAACACCUGGCUCAUCCAUUCUGCCACCUGUGUUCGAUGACUACGACAGUGAUGAUAGCGAGUUGCCCUGGCCGAAAUCCAGUCCUCUCGACCUGGAAUCACUGACUGGUGAAGCAGCUGCAACUGCGCUACCCAGUUGCACUGAUAGUAAUGAUCUCUUGCCGCCUGGACCGAGUGCUGCUGCUGUUGAGGAGGCUAGCUCUGCCCCUGUGAGCAAGAAUGGUUCACCUGACACCUCUGCCAGCGUGUGCACGCUUCUACAGCCCCUCUCUAGCACAGACAAGCUUGAUGCAACUCCCGUCAGGCGAACCAGCCUAACAGUAGAGUCAGCAUUCAACGGGGCCGAUGAACCAGCGCCUAUAACACCUGUCGAGAAAAGUGCACAUGUAGAUGAGAAUGGUGAUCAGACGCAGUCCACUAGCAGCAAAACGAACAGCUUACUAACGACCCCGAUCCCGGACGAUUGGACUGAGAGUGCAAGUACAACGCCUGUCACGGCAACUUCUAGUGGACGUGGGCGAAAGCGUAGCAAAGGUGCCCGACGCUCGAAUGCCAAGCGACCAAGAAAGCUUGGCAAUGAUUUGUCGCCAAGUAGAGCUGAGUCUGACAAGCCGACAGUCAUGACGGGCCGCUGGGGUCAUGCCGCGUGUCUACUUGACGACAGCAGUGUGUUGGUGCUGGGUGGAGAGGGCACGUACAAGCGUAUGGCCAAGGACUCAUUACUGCGCGUUACAGUAGGGGAAAGCAGCAAUGCCAGCUACUCAGAGGUGGUCUGCGAAGACACAUCAUGUCCGGAACGGCGCACGGGUCACUCGGCUGUACUGGAUCCAGACAACAAAAUGCUCUACAUGUACGGUGGCUCCAAGGGCAAGAAGUGGUUCAGUGAUGUGCAGGCAUUGGACCUGACUACUUGGCAAUGGCAGAAGUUAGAGAUGAAGGGCGUCGCGCCGCAGCGUGCGUACCACACAUGCUCGUUCUUUCGGCAGGAGGGCCUCGUUUUUGGUGGCAUUUUCCCGGAACCUGAUCCCGAACCAGAUGGCAGCUCCAACGACUUGUUCAUUUUCAGCCUGAGUGAGCAGAACUGGUACAAGCCUGUGGUGACUGGUGAUUUACCUUGCCCUCGUUCCGGGCACUCUGCAGCUCGCCUUGGUCAUCAUCUGUAUAUCCUGGGAGGCUGGGACUAUCCGAGUUUCUUUGAUGACUUAUUCGUUCUUGACCUCGAACUGAUGGAUUUCAAGACGGCAUCACCAGCUGGGUUAGGUCCUUGUGCACGCACAUGGCAUACAACGGUGGUGUUGCCUGACCAUCGCCUUCUGGUCUACGGCGGUUACAGUGGCGACAUAGCGCUGAGCGAUGCGUUCAUUCUCGACACAGCAAGCAUGCAGUGGAGUGCAGUAAAGUCUGAAUCGCCCCUUCUCGCACUGCCAGCGAGGGUUGGUCACACAAUGACGUCGACACCGGAGGCAGAAGACGGAACAUCCAAGCUCCUGGUGUGUGGAGGAGGUGACAACGAUGGGAAGUUCUUCUCAGAUUUGGUUGUGCUGCGGAGCGACGGCAUAUAGCAGCCUCUGCACUAGCAAACAGUCAGGUAUUUAUAACUGUCUUUUUUAGCCUUGCUUGGCAUUGUGCACAGAUCUAGGGCAGCGCCAGCCUUGUUCUUCUGGUUUGAUUUUGCUUGAAAAGAAGAAAAUUGCCCAGUUACUAGCCAGUCCGCUGUGUACUACCAUAGUUUUUACUGAAUUUAGUGAGUUGUGUUUUAUUGAGCUGGGGUCUUUUCUACUCCUACUACUGCCACUACUACUCCACUCCUUCACUCUCUUUUUUAACGAAUCAACGCCUGCCAUCAUGUACAGUGACCACUUUGAUGUCAACCUUUUGAAAAAUAGUGCACUCUGUGUCAAGUUUAUCAAAUGCUUAGUGAUGUCUAUCUUUUCACUUCAGCAACAUUAUCUCAGCGCUUGUACCACGCCGUCAAGAGUUUGUAACCAAGAG